AUGUCGAAACCAAGUUAUGUAUACAAAUUGGUAUCAUCCUCAUCGCCUGUUCCUCUCGACGCCUUAGAACUUCCCGAAAAACUGCCCGUGAGCUCGCUCGACCGGGACUCGGGCUUCAUCCAUCUCUCUACCUCCGUCCAGCUGCACAACACUCUCAAAUGGUUUUUCGCAGAGGACAAUCCUGUCUACGUCCUAAGAUUGCCUUAUGAUAGGCUUGAAGAUGAAAAACUUAUCAGGUGGGAAGAUCCUAAAGCAGAAGUUUGUGGCCCUCGAGGCGGGGAAGGAAUGUUUCCUCAUUUGUAUAAUGGGCUUAAGCUGGGCAGAGACGAAGUAGAUUCGGUCAAAUUAUUGGAACAGGUCGAUGGUCAAUGGGACAAAUCGAUUGAGAAUGCAAUCAAAGAUGUAUGGUUGGUAUAUUGA